AUGGCACAGAUGGCGGAUGGGAGUGUCACGACUUCUGCGUCCUCGUCGCCUCCGAGCGAAGUAGACGACCUCAAAGGACUCCUCGCGCGAUCUGGCCCGCUCGACCUCGACAGGAAGGACGUACAGAAGCUUUCAAGAGCUCUCGCAGUCGCGGCACCGUCUCGAGCGGUCGCUCUCGCCGUCCUCGCCCGUUUCCUCGCUCCUUCCCCCACUUCGACGACUCGCUCGAGCGUACAGGACACGGUCGAAUCUCUCCUGUCCGGCUCCGGCUCGACAGAUCUCGUACAUGGGCUCGUCACGCUCAGCGCAGUCCUGCAAGUCGCGCCCCAACUUGCGGCCUCCCUCCUCGCGCCGAAUUCCCUUCGCUCGCGACUCGAAGACGCCGUCGAACUCGUCUCGAAGCCGGUCGGGAAGGGCAAGGGCAAGCAGGGUGAGGAGACGCUCGCGCUCGUCGAGCUACUCUCCUUGGCAGCAGGUCAUGCCGGACUGCGAGGCUUGGUGCGCAAGUCGGCGGCAGUCUGGCUUGAGAGCAUGCUCGGGUCGCCUCGCGAGGACAAUCCGAGCGGGAACCUGCGCUGCAAAGCGAUGGCUAGCUGCGCGGUGAUCAAGUUGCGCCUGGGGAAAGACGAGGCCUCAACGACUGGAUUGCCGUCCGCGCCUGUUCCGCCCGACUCGACCUCAUCCGUAUGGUCUCUUGACGACCUGGCACGUCUAGCGGCGCGCCUCGCCAUUGCCGGCGUAGCAGUACCGCCAGCGGAUCCCGACGACGGAGUCUUGCUGCCGUCGCUCGAAUCCCUCGCCUACCUCACUCUCACGCCCUCGCCUUCGAUCAAAGCCACCGCCAGCAAUCCCGCAUUCCUUUCCGCGAUUCUAGGUCUCUCAACACGGACGAAGGAGCCUUCGCAGUCUUCCCCUGCGCGGGACUACGCCAUCGCGACUAUUCUCGACCACCUCACCGCCGUUCCUCCGCCACUCGACGCAAAGAGCGAGGCAGCCCAAGUCGAGCGCCUGAAACGGUUUGCUUCUGGCGGCGGAAAGGCUGCGAACGGGCAAGACUCGGUGCGGCUGGAGACGACGAGCGAUGUUGAAGCUCGCAUAGCCCGCCUCGUGCAGCACGACCCCUCGCCUGUCCCGACCAUCCGCCACCUCUGCACUUCGCCGUCGUUAGGAACACGACGCCUCGCCGCUCGAAUUCUCCACUCGUUCGUAACGCCCCAGAAUUUGCGCGGUCAGCUUCUCCAGGCAGGGGUCGCUCGACUCCUGCUCUCCCUCGUCCGCCAUCUCCCGUCUCCAUUCUCCCCUACCGAGGACACACCUGCCAUCCAAGGUCUCGCCAAGCUCCUCAUCACAGCAAAUCCUCUCCUUGUCUUCGGUCCGACCGCCUCAUCGCCUCUCCUCCUCGAAGCGACAACCGCCCUCACUCUUCCCCUUGGCGCCCCAGCCGCGGCUUACGAGGGCCUCGGUCUCCUUCCUCGCUUUGAGUCGAUCAUGGCCCUCACCAACAUCGCCUCCCUCGACCCUUCUCUCACCGAGACCCUCGCUCGCCUGACACUCCGCGACCGGCCCGAAACCCUUCUCCUCACCGCUGUCGAAGAGCUCCUCCUCAGCCAGAACACGAUGCUCCGCCGCGCUGCGACCGAGCUCAUCUGCAACCUCGUCGCGUCGGACGCGGGCAUCGAGUACUUCGAGCCGACUUCCGUGCCGUCCGAGACCGACUCCUCCAAACCGCCCUCCCCGCAUCUACACGUCCUCCUCGCCCUCGCCUCCUCACCCGACGUACCCACUCGUCUCGCCGCCUCCGGCGCCUUCACCUCGCUCGUGUACUCGCCAAAGAUCGUCGUCGCCUUGUGCUCCCACGCCAAGUGGGUUGAGAUGCUCGUUGCGCUGCUGGAGGACGACGAGCCAGGCGUACGGCACAGGGUGUACGAAGUUUGGCGUGUGAUUGGCGAGAUGGCGGGUCAGAUUGGGGACGAGAAGGAGAAGGAGCGAGUGCGAAAGGGGCUGAAGGAGGGAAAGGUGCAGGAGCAGCUGGAGCAGGCGGCUCAGCGGGAGCAGGUCGCCGAGCUGAAGGAGGUUGUGCGGGCUGCUGUGGACACGGUCAGGAGCGCGGAGUAG